GGAUACGUCCAAGAACACACACUACCGUACUAACUAGUAUGUUGAAACACUACACCACUUUAGGUGUCCUACUACUUUUCACAUACUACUUAGUAGAGUAGUGUGCGUUUUUGCUUGUACUCAGAAGUCAGUCCGUGUGUGGUUUUUUUUUUUUUUUCUGUCUGAAGCUUUACAUUUGGCAACAGACAAGGAAGUUGUCGCUGUCAUCAAAUCAAGCCCCCUUCUCAACAAAAUGACACUGUAAUUUCCUCCCAUUUUUCUGAGCCCUGAACUAUGGAAAGAUGAUUCUGGAAAGAGAUCAAAUGAUCAGGACAGAACAUUCUUGAAAUCACCUGAUGAGAAGAAACGAAAGUUCCCCUUCUGUACCCUGACUUGUUUCUGAUGGUGAUUGCUGGCACGUGAUGGUACAAUGGAGCUUGCAGUGUUUGUCUGACACGUGCAUGGCAUGUCAGAGUCAGAAGGACAGGUGGAGGAGGAGGUCUGCAGCGAGGUUACCCGUUUCCUGGUAGGUUUUGAGGACCAUGCGCGCAGAGAACUGGAGGGUGGAAACAUGAAGAACAUUUCAGAACCGUAUGAUGAAGAGGAGGAGGAUGACGAUCUGGAUUCAGAGCGUCAGAUUGUGGUGGGCAUCUGCUCCAUGAUGAAGAAGUCCAACUCCAAGCCUAUGACCCAGAUCAUGGAGCGCCUUUGUAAGUUUGAGUACAUCACUGUGGUCAUCUUCCCUGAGGACGUCAUACUCAGUGAACCAGUAGAGAAUUGGCCUUUGUGUGAUUGCCUCAUCUCCUUUCACUCCAAAGGAUUUCCCCUGGACAAAGCAGUGAGUUAUGCCAAAUUAAGGAACCCUCUUCUCAUCAAUGAUCUGAACAUGCAGUAUUUCAUUCAGGACAGGAGAGAGGUAUACCGCAUUCUGAAGGAGGAGGGUAUUGACCUGCCACGUUAUGCUGUCUUGAACCGGGACCCUGACCGACCAGAAGAAUGUAACCUGGUAGAAGGAGAAGACCAUGUUGAGGUGAAUGGGGAAGUGUUUCAUAAGCCUUUUGUGGAGAAGCCUGUCUCUGCAGAAGACCACAAUGUGUACAUCUAUUAUCCUACUUCAGCUGGUGGAGGCAGCCAGAGGCUCUUUAGGAAGAUUGGGAGCCGCAGCAGUGUUUAUUCCCCUGAGAGCACUGUUCGUAAGACUGGAUCUUACAUUUAUGAGGAAUUCAUGCCUACAGACGGAACAGAUGUGAAGGUGUAUACAGUAGGACCUGAUUAUGCCCAUGCAGAAGCUCGUAAGUCCCCUGCUCUGGAUGGGAAGGUGGAGAGAGACAGCGAGGGGAAGGAGAUUCGAUACCCAGUCAUGCUCACUGCCAUGGAGAAACUUGUGGCUCGCAAAGUGUGUAUGGCAUUCAAGCAAACCGUAUGCGGUUUUGACCUCCUCCGAGCAAACGGCCACUCCUUUGUUUGCGAUGUAAAUGGAUUUAGCUUUGUAAAGAACUCCAUGAAAUACUAUGAUGACUGUGCCAAAGUCCUGGGGAACAUGGUGAUGCGAGAACUGGCUCCUCAGUUCCAUAUCCCCUGGUCCAUCCCCAUGGAAGCAGAGGACAUCCCUAUAGUCCCUACUACCUCAGGAACCAUGAUGGAGCUCCGUUGUGUGAUCGCUGUCAUCCGUCAUGGAGAUCGCACACCCAAACAGAAGAUGAAGAUGGAAGUGAGAAAUGCUUUGUUCUUUGACCUGUUUGAAAAAUAUGGUGGUUACAAGACAGGCAAGCUCAAACUAAAGAAACCAAAACAGCUCCAGGAGGUGCUGGACAUUGCCCGUCAGCUGCUAGCUGAAUUGGGGCAGCACAAUGACUGUGAGAUUGAGGAGAAGAAAUCCAAACUGGAACAGCUGAAAACUGUGCUGGAGAUGUACGGACAUUUCUCUGGGAUAAAUCGCAAAGUGCAGCUGACCUACCUGCCCAAUGGCCAGCCUAAAGCAUCAAGUGAGGAAGAAGACGCUCAAAAGGAAGGUCCAUCUUUGCUGUUGGUGCUAAAGUGGGGAGGCGAGCUGACCCCAGCCGGUCGUGUGCAGGCUGAAGAGCUGGGGAGGGCUUUCCGCUGCAUGUACCCUGGAGGACAAGGAGACUAUGCUGGCUUCCCUGGCUGUGGCUUACUGCGUUUACACAGCACCUACCGCCAUGACCUCAAGAUCUACGCUUCAGACGAGGGCCGGGUGCAGAUGACCGCUGCUGCUUUCGCAAAGGGGCUGUUGGCUCUGGAGGGUGAGUUAACUCCUAUCCUUGUGCAAAUGGUUAAGAGUGCUAAUAUGAAUGGCCUGCUGGACAGCGACAGCGACUCGCUCACAGACUGCCAACAGCGUGUCAAAGCUCGGCUCCAUGAGAUCAUGCAGAAAGACCAAGACUUCACAGAGGAAGACUACCAAAAACUUGCCCCAACUGAAAGCCCUUCUCUGGUCAACUCCAUGAAUAUCAUAGAAAAUCCUGUCAAAACUUGUGACAAGGUUUUUGCUCUCAUUCAGAGCCUUACACGGCAGAUUCGCAAGCGGCUAGAGGACCCCAAGUCUGCGGAUCUGCAGCUGUACCACAGUGAGACUCUGGAGCUCAUGCUCCAGCGCUGGUCCAAGCUGGAGAGGGACUUCCGCAUGAAGAAUGGCCGCUAUGACAUCAGCAAAAUUCCAGACAUCUAUGACUGUGUGAAGUAUGACACACAGCACAACAGCUCUCUGGGCUUGGAGAACAUGCUGGAGCUCUUCCGGCUGUCUCGUGCACUCGCUGACAUCAUCAUUCCUCAGGAGUAUGGAAUAAGUAAGAUGGAAAAGCUGGACAUUGCUAGUGCCUACUGCCUGCCUCUGGUUAAAAAAAUCCAGCUGGACCUCCAAAGGACACAUGAGGACGAGGCUGUCAACAAGCUACAUCCACUGUGGUUCAGGUAUUCGCGAGGCGUGAUGUCUCCGGGUCGGCAUGUGCGGACCCGGCUUUAUUUCACCAGUGAGAGUCAUGUGCAUUCCCUGCUCAGCAUAUUCCGAUACGGAGGCCUUCUAAAUGAGGAAAAAGACGAGCAGUGGAAGCAGGCCAUGGACUACCUCAGUGCUGUAACUGAACUCAAUUACAUGACCCAGAUAGUAAUUAUGCUGUAUGAAGACAAUAAUAAGGAUCCGUCUUCAGAGGAACGUUUCCAUGUAGAGCUACACUUCAGUCCCGGGGUCAGAAGCUGUCGUGAUGAGGAAAAUGCACCAAUGGGUUUUGGGUUCCGUCCUGCCUCUUCUGAGAACCAGGAUAAGCAAGAAAAUCUGGGCAGUCUGGAGGAUUUGUCUCAGGAUGAACCUGAUCGAGCCAUUCUUGCUGAGCACGUAAACGUUCACAGAAAAUCCCCACUGAUUCGUAACCGAAAAACUGGUUCCAUGGAGGUCCUCUCUGAGAGCACAGCCUCCUCUCGUGGUGCAGCUUAUCGCCUCUUUCCAUCAUGUUCCCGCCAACCCUGUGAGGUCAAAUCUGGUGGCCUUGGCUCACUGUUCACUGGCCUCUUCAGUUCCUCCUUCCGGGGGGUGUCUUCCAGUGCCCCCAACCUUCGAGAGCUGGCCCGAUCCCAGCGCAAAAAAGCCACGUCUCCUCAGAGGCGAGUCAGUAGAGAGGAGUUGCUCUCAAUGCCGGCUGUAAAGAGGUUUUCUGUGUCAUAUGCCAGGCAUCCAACUAAUGGAUUUGAAGGUUGCUCCAUGGUGCCAUCUAUAUACCCCCUGGAGACCCUGCACAACUCUCUCUCUCUGAAACAGGUUGAUGAAUUUCUCAACAAGGUGUGUGAAAGCCGGAGAGAGACACUGGCCAAGACUCUGAAAUCUCUGAGAGCAGUGUUUGACUCUCAGAUUCAACCUUCCACAGAGCCUGAGAACCAGGAGCCAGCGAGGGUUUCAUUAGCUUCUCCACUGCCGUAACAGCUAGCCCUGUUUCUAUAGUGUGAGUAUCUCCUCCAAUAUAGCAGCCUUCCAGGACUCCAGGAGUAAUCCAUCAUCCCCACCAUGUCACCAUCUGCAAUACUCCUGGAGUCAGGAGCUUUCCAAAAUAUGCAGCAUUCUUGAGCGUUUGCCACCAAAGCGACAAAGACACUAGUCCGUGCAGGCCUUAAACUGUCAGGCACUUGACACACUGUCUUCUUUUAAGCCCAUCUAUUAAGCUCAGUUGCUGCUCUACUUAACUUUAUCCCACCCUUAUAUUCAGAUUUAAGUGUCAUAAUGUCUUGUGUGAGGUGUGUUUCAUUUUGGCAAUGUAAUAUAUGUAGAUUGGCUCAAACAUCAGCUCUGAGCAUUUCCCCUCACCACAAAUCUCUUGUAUGUGGCAAACCUUUCUGAGUUAAACUAGGUACAUGCUUUAGGAUACAAAUUUCCUGUUGUUUUUACAAAAUUGUAUCUAAAUUUAGCAGGCCAAAGACUUAUGUAAUAUUGGCUAUAACUAAAACCUGAUUGGUUUAUAAUGUCAGUCAAACAGCCACUUCCUGUAGUUUGUGGUAGGUGGACCUUGGUUACAUAUAUGUAUGCUGUUCAGCAAAAAAUAUUUCUGUAUUAUGAGUCUCUCUGCUAUAUUGUAGGACAUAUUGUUCCAUAUGUGCCUUAGCAACUGAUUGUGCCUGUCUGUCUGCCUGUCUGUCUUUCUGAAGAUGCCAGCACUCUAUCCAUCAAUGUUCCCAGUUUAUAACCUUCAGCUCAGUCAGUGACAGGACCACAGCACCUGAGCAGCUAGUAAACCUCCAGACACACACAGUGCAGCUGCACUGAUCCUCGUCUUAUUUAUUCUGACGUGAGAUCAGCUUUAUACUUUGCUUUACAGUACAACAGGUGGCUGCUGCUAAUCCAAGAACACCAAUUUGAGGUGUAGCUUCUGCCAUAUACUGCCACUGAGACUCCAUAUGCUCAUAUUCUCUCUUUUUUUUUCCUGCAUUUAUUGUAUAUAAUCCGGUUGUGCAGUCGGCCAGUUAUGCCGAGCCUCUUCAGCUCCAGGAAAGCAGCAAAACACUGAGUACGAGAAUUACUUUUAUACCUCUGUAAGCUGCAAGAGUAAGAUUUAAUUAUAGCUUAUUCUGAGCUGCAUGAAGAUAAGAAUACACUCUAGUAAUUGUCGGUUCUUUCAGCUGAUUGCACUUGUCACAUCUUCUUAAAGUGAUUUCAUUGGAUAACGUAAUGUCACUCCAUGUCAGGCAACACCUAAGAGAUGCAGGUAGACCAAUCAGAUCACAGUGGUGUGUUCCGUGCUAACAUUUCCUCCUCCAGCACGCACAUACAGCUGAGUCACUGUGCCAGAGUACACGUGAAAUAAAUGAAAAAUGAAAGUAAUGAUCCUGCAGCCAGAUUAUCAAGCACAAUGUUUUUAAUCACUGAUUUUGUGGUGUAAUUUUUUAAUAUUUGAAAUGGUCUUUUUCUGUAUUUUUGGCAUGAAUUGCAUAAUAUAUCUUGUUAUAAUGAGAGGAAUACUUGAAAGAAAUGGAAUUAAUUGUAUGAUAUAUGAUAAUGCUGAUAUUUUAGAAUGUAUUUUGUGACUUAUUACUAUUAUAAGUAUUACAAGUGGGUUUUUUUUUUGUUUGUUUGUUUUUAUACCAAACUUCCCAGCCAGUACUGAUUUGAGAUUAUUACCUCUACAUAUUCUGGUAGUGUCCUGCUUAAGAAAUGUUUAUGAUCUGCUGUCUCCGAGUUGUUUUUAUUCUAGAUCUUUGAACGAUUUAAUUAUAAAGAUUUCAUUUGAU